CAACCGCAGGCUGCACCCACUUGGAAUUCUGCCUCGACCCGCAAGGAUCCUCGAAUUUGCUCGCAGCGGAACUGGGGGCAUUGAUUUGAUCUGAUCUGAUCUGAUUUGCUCUGGACUUGUGGCCUGGAGGGGUCUUUUCUAAGCAUCACACAUCACACAUCACCACCGCCAUCGUCUUCACUUCGCAGACACAGCACCAUGGAUUCUCUUGUGGCCAAGUACAGCCGGCCGGCAUUUGCGCAGAACGAGCCUCUCGAGGAUGACGAGCUUAGCAAUGAGCUGAUGAACCCGGCGGCUCACUUGUCGCUCAACUUUGCCAUGCCGCCUAUUGCCCAGCCCUCUGCUUGGCUUCGCGCUGCCACAGACGACCGCUCCAACCCCGACUGCCCCAUCAAGAUUGCCCACGGAACGACGACGCUUGCCUUCCGCUUCCAGGGUGGCAUCAUCGUGGCCACUGAUUCGCGAGCCACGGCCGGCAACUGGAUUGCCUCACAGACGGUCAAGAAGGUGAUUGAGAUCAACAGCGUGCUGCUGGGAACCAUGGCCGGUGGCGCCGCAGACUGCCAGUACUGGCUGGCCUGGCUGGGCAUGCAGUGCCGCCUCCACGAGCUUCGCCACAAGCGCCGCAUCAGCGUCGCCGCCGCCAGCAAGAUCCUGGCCAACCUCAUCUACAGCUACAAGGGCAUGGGCCUCAGCAUGGGCACCAUGUGCGCCGGCGUGACCAAGGAGGAGGGCCCGGCCCUGUACUACGUCGACAGCGAUGGCACGCGACUCUCGGGCAACCUAUUCUGCGUGGGCAGUGGACAGACUUUUGCCUACGGAGUGUUGGAUUCAGAGUACAAGUACGAUCUGACGGACGAGGAGGCCCUGGAGCUGGGCAAGAGGAGUAUCCUGGCGGCGACGCACCGUGAUGCGUACUCUGGUGGAUACAUCAACCUGUACCACGUCAAGGAGCAGGGCUGGGUCAAGCACGGCUUCCUCGACACGAAUCCGAUCUUCUGGGAGACGAAGCUGGAAAAGGGCGAGUUUUCAAACGUCACGAGCGCGCUGGCAUAGAAAUGGAGAGAGAUGGGGGGGGGGGGGGGGUUUAAUUUAAAGUAUGAGAAUAAGAAUUGAAAUGGGACUCGAUGACUCCUUGUAUUGCCGUGAUGGGAGAAGAUGAAGAGAGCAGUAGAUGAAUACGA